UUUGUCUGCGGAUUGAGGUUAAAACCGCGUUGCAGAGAUCGCCGUAAUAAGUGUGAAAUUCUUUAAAAAAAUUGCUAUUUGCCGCGUGAUACGAUACGACAAGAAAAAGGAUUCUAACUUCACCUAAAGGUAAAGGUAAAGGCUGACUUGGGCGUGGUUCCAAAAUUUAAUUUAGAUCGUAGUUUUCACCGUAAAAUCAGCAUGAGUGGACGCGAAGGAGGCAAGAAGAAGCCGCUGAAGGCCCCGAAAAAAGAAUCGGGUGAGUUGGACGAGGAAGAUAUGGCCUUCAAACAGAAGCAAAAGGAACAACAGAAGGCGCUGGAAGCGGCCAAGCAAAAGGCAACGAAGGGCGGUCCGCUGCUGCAGGGUGGAAUUAAAAAGUCCGGCAAGAAGUAAGGAGAUCGGCUGCAUCCUCCAUCCUGAAGAGCGAGAAUCUGCUACCGAACGCGUCAUACUUCGUCAUUUUAUGACUUGGAAUGAUGAAUAUUCCCGAGCGAGUACUCCAUGGCUCGGUGUUUUCGUACUCAUCCGUGAUGCGCGCAUUUUGUGAAGAAAAAUAAAUGUCAAGCUACCAACCGU